GCCAGUUCACUUUUGUUGGUGGGCUCGAGUGCAACGCGAAACGUGCUGAGUUUUUCGAAGCAAUUUGUGGGGCAGGCAGCAGACAAGACGCGUUCCAGGCCUUGUCAAUUCUGUUGUGCAGAGUGCUAUUUUUUUACAAACAGCCAGAGGUCUAGGCAAUCUCAGAUUGGGAGCAAAAGCAAAAUCAAUUACGCGCUAUUACCAGCAGUCGAGUCAGGAGGUAAUUGCGCCUCAAACAAAUCCAAACGCGUUUCGUUAACCGCCGUCCGAUUAAACGUUACGAAUACAAUACAAAUCUACACACAGGCAUAAGCAUAAUCAGUGGAAGUGAAGCAAUAAAGCAGCUUUAGCCACAGCUACUCCAGCGCAGUCCAGCAAUUAGUGCAGCUAUCAAAUCAACAAAGAAACUCCGAAUCCCAGACAAGCCGCUGAGAUGGCGUUCAUUUCGAAAGACUUCCGAUCACCUGGAGAGGCCUGGGUGAAAACUGACGAGGGCUGGGAGCGCCUAAAGGUGCUCGAGUGCGGCGGCAAACGCAAGCGGCACAACUCGGAGGGUAGCAGCUACCAGAUGCUGGCCAGCGAUAGCCAGGAUGAGGAGGAGGAGGGUGCCAUCAUGCCACCGCAUUAUCACAUCACGAUCCGCUGCACGCGGGAGAUCGCCGGCUUCAACGGACUGAGCGAGGCGGUGAAGCGCCUUGACUUCCGGCGAUCGGUGCGAGAUCGGAAGCGCUUCCAUUACAUCUGUGCAUUCCUGCUGCUGGUCUCCAACAAGGGCAUCGCCAGUCUGCCGGGCAGUGCGCAGCGACAGCUGCUCCAAAUGGUCGAGGAGGUGGCCUCGCAUGUCAAUGAUAGUCAGCAGCAUCCGAAUGUGCUGCGGGGGCUUGCGCUGAAGCUUGAGCAGAUUGUCAACCAGGAGAACCAGAAGUGCUGGGGCAAGCCGUUGGGCAGCACCUACCUCUGGAAGGAGCACAUGGCCACAAUCAAGCGCAUACAGCGCGUGGCCAGCCAGAUCGAGAUACGAGAGCCCGAUCCAAAGGCCAAGCCCAAGCUGCACGAGCUGCCGGAGGAGUGCGUGCGAGAGAUUAUUCUGUGCAUCGCCGAUCAUCGGGAUCUGGAGUCGGCCGCCAAGGCCUGGGACACCAUGGCCAAGCUAGUGUCGGAGCAGCGCAUCUGGCGCGAGCUGACGCGCUUCCACUUCAAUCAGCGGCAGAUCCACGCCAUCCUGGACCUGGACAAGUUCAAGCAGAUGGGCGAGAUCAAAGACUGGAAGCAGAUCUACCACCAGCUGCGACGCACGUAUGGCGUCAACGAUGACUACCAGUUCGCCGAGGUGCUGGCUCUGUGCCGCUCCUGCUGCUGCCUCUUCUGGCCCUCCGACGGACAUCCCUGCAUUGUCGACCAGAGCCCAGACUACAAACAGCGCCUGGAGGAGGCGGGCGGACAGCUGGCUCUAGCCCAGCCCGUGCCGCCGGCACAGUUCUUAAAGUAUUUCUCAUUGUAAGCGACAUUGUAAGCGGGUUGGGUACGAGUAUAUGCGGUGCAGUUUCGGGUGCGUUGGAGCAGUGACCAAGGGAGAGAGAGUAAGAGAUAGCAGGAGAUAUUUUUAUGGAGAGCAAUCGAUAAUUGUACUGGAAACCCCCACAGCUAAGUUGUUGUUGGCUGCGUAUGAGAGUUUUUAUGUGCGUGUUAAAGUUUUAACCCUGGACAGAGGAGGAGAAGGAGGAGCAGCGAAAAGAAAGCAGAAAGUGAUACAGAAAAUCCCUAAUCUAAAACUACCUACAGCCUCGUUUCGAGACAGUUCCCCCAACAGUCAUUAUUGUGGAGAGACAGUCCCAGUGUGAUCAGUGUUCAAAUGAUCCUGUGAUCUAUGAUCGGGAAUUGCUUAUUAGUAGAACUUCUUUCUAUGACAAAUGGCCAAAUGAACUGCCACAAACACGACAGCUACAGCGAGUGCGAAAGCAACAGCGAUUAUAUUUUCAAAAUGGAAUGAAGCCAAGCCAAGAAGCGAGUACUAAAUACUGAGAGACUAUUUUUUAAAUAGCAGUACGCAAGCGUACACAAUACGAGUGUAAAGUAGAAUAAUAAUUGCUAUAAAUCUGUUCAUUUUUAUGCAAUUUUGAUCAAUCUAUUUUAGGGUUUAAGUGUAGUUUCUUUUAACAGCUGCUUUUGGUGCUAAAUCUUGUUAUAAGUUGCAAUCAAAUCCAAAUCAAAUCAAAUCAGCCUGCCCCAACCAAUUCAAUCCAAUUCGUUACGACUUGUAGAGAGUUCCUCCAGCGUCGAGGAGCUAGAAGAGAAGGAGAAAAAAAAACCAUGUGAUGUUGCAAGGAAGCAAAGCUAGAAACGAAUACACCUACCUAAACGAUAACAACAAAAAAACAAACAAAUCUCCAAGCGAUAUGCCGUCAGCAAUGCUAUACGUACAUUAACAUUAACAUAUACAUAUACAAAUAUAUAUAGAUACAUACAUAUAUAUAUAAAUAUUAGAGAUCCUCGCCAGCUAAGUGUAAGAAGUCUCAGAUCAGCAUGUAGAAAAUCCCCAAGAGAGAGUAAAAGAACAAUUGUUAGCCCUCCCAAUCAACACACCACUCUCUCUGAGCAGCAACGAAUAAUGUUGAUUGUGUACUAUAUGUAGAUACAGCCAGGCCCCCCCCCCCCCCAAUCCAGGCGUGGGUGAGUGUUGUUCCGAUGUCCCCGAUUAUCUAUUGUUACUAUUACCAGUGUAAGUACGAAAGUUUUAGCAUUCUAAUGCUUUUGUUUGCCACCAUUUCUAUGGGCAAAACAAAUCUCUUAUUUUACGUUAUAAAAUAAAGUCUAAACUAUCUGUGGAUCAAUGCAAAUGCAA